AUGCCCAUUAUUCAUCAACUAGUCCCAUCGACAAGAUGUGACAGAGAUACACAGAACAGUGGCGGACUUUUCGGCGGAGGUGGACUUUUCGGCGGUGGUGGUAGUAGCGGACUUUUCGGCGGAGGUGGUAGUAGCGGACUUUUCGGCGGAGGUAGUAGUGGCGGUGGCUUGUUUCAGACGCUGAUACUACUCAGACUCCUCUCCAGCGUAACCGGCACCACCGCCACCACUACUGCUACUCUCACGACGCCCCUGCCUGCAGUGGCGGCACCCAAUGUUGUGAGACUCAGCACCACGGGCGAGAUCUUAGCCUUAAAUGGAGCAUCUGCCGAGCUCCUGGACGCAGUAAAUAAUUCCAUUGUAGUCGGUUAUCAGCAGGUCGCGAUUGAUCCCAUAACUGGUUUUCUUUACGACACAACAACAAACCACGUCCUUGUGUUUUUAAACCCCUUGACAAACACGUACGUGCAGGCAAUAGCUACACCUACACCCUCAGGUCGAAGCCUAGUUGGCACUAGACCGAUUGGUUCCAGAGCUUUGUAUGUGGGAGGUGUUCAAUCGCCGUCAGUUGGUGCAAAUGUUGGAGGUAAAGACAUCAACGUCAUCUUUGUAUCGCCUCAAGGUGGCGGUUCGCCAUCUAAAUCUGUAGUACAGUGUACCAGUAAUGACAUGGACGAUAGACUCCUGAAAAUGCUCCUGGCUAUGAGAUCACCCGGCAACACGCCACCUGCCAACCUAAGGUAUCAGAACGGGAUUUUUACAGCGGUUUCCAAUGGAGCGAGAGUCAGUACAUUGUUUGAUUCCAACAAUAGACCCGUGCUAGAAGCUAACCUGGCGGUCGAUCCUAUCACAGGUGCUGUGUACGACACUACGACAAACUCUGUGGUCUACUUCACUGACCCAUCAACAAACAUAAGGAUGCAGGCUUUUGUAUACAUCCCACUCUUUGGUUAG